UCCCCACACGCCACAAACGCCCAUGCGCGGGUCGCCGAGCAGGCGGGCUGCGGCGGACAAGAUGGCGACGGCGAUGGACGUGGACGCACCGAGCUCCACCAACAGCAGCGGCGGCAAGAAGCGCUUCGAGGUUAAAAAGUGGAAUGCAGUGGCCCUAUGGGCAUGGGAUAUCGUGGUAGAUAACUGUGCCAUCUGUCGAAACCACAUCAUGGAUCUGUGUAUAGAAUGCCAAGCAAACCAAGCUUCAGCAACUUCUGAAGAAUGCACUGUUGCUUGGGGCGUGUGUAAUCACGCAUUCCACUUCCACUGCAUCUCUCGAUGGCUGAAGACCAGACAAGUUUGCCCACUGGACAACAGGGAGUGGGAAUUCCAGAAGUAUGGCCACUAAAUGCCACAGGUACGCACCUGCUAUCAGCUGUUCCUCUGGCGCAUAGACCUACAUUAUUGGCUCCCACCAUUCCUAUUCCCCUCCCUCCACCUCUUCUUGGCGCCUUCUGACAGCUGUUUAUUCAGAUGACAAGGACUAUCAAUAAUUGCCUGCUUUUUUUUUAGAAAAUGCUCUUUAAUUUCUCUGGUUGCAGACUCUUCAUUAUAAAACAACAAAUUAUUUGGAAAAAGUUUGCACUUAUCGCAGGUGAAGAACCAAACGUCACUCAUGUAGACUUCCUUCCCCCCCCCCACCCACAAUUUAAACAAACCAACAGAAAGAAUGUGUGAUGGUAUUCUUUGGCUCUUUACCUAAAUGUAUUUUAUUUAAUAAAUUAAGUUUAGCAGAAUAUUUCACAAUAAUGUUAUUUUCUUCCUCCUGCGCAAUGAGGUGUUGGCCCGCGGUUGUUCAGUUGUUGUCCUCCGGUGCUGUGUUUGGGGGGAAAAGUCCUUUGGAUGCCUUGGGAGUUAGUGGGCAGCCAGGGUUGGCACAAACCCCACUUGGAGACGUGACGGAUGCAGGGAGGUAAUACAAGGCUGGAGGUGCAGAGUUCUCUGCAGAAGAAAGAGCUGCCUAAAGCCCAAGCAAUCCCGCUAGCAUUUUGUUUCUGACCACUUGUAAGUUCCGGUUGGUGUGAGUCCAAAACCUUGGAAAAGGAGAUGCUGUAGAAGUCUCAAAGGGGGGAGAAAGUGUGUUACAGAUAUGAACAUUAACAAAAAAAUAGAUGCUGGAAAGCUAAGGCCAGGCAGCACAAUAGAUCAAGAAACAAUUGAGGGUUCAGGUACAAAAUCAUUCAUCUGACAAAGUGUCCGUGAAAUGUUAACACAUCAAAUAGCAUUUAGGAAGGAGAAAGUCAACUGUUUCCAGCAUUUUCUGUUUUAAUUGGCAAAGAGUUGUUGUGUACUAGGGUGUCCUGUCCAGAGCAUCAUACUGCUCAGUACAUUGAUAAUCUGCCCCGGUCUUUGUUGGACCUUGUGUGUGUAAAUCUGUUGCUGGGCCCUCCACAGUGAAGCAGGGUGAGAGUACUGGCUACAGAAUGUUUUGAAAGAUGCUAAAUAAAUAUACGUUUUUGAUGGCCUGUAUUACCAAUUGAACAUUUCUGAUUUGAAAAACAAUUAAAAUUUUGUUACAUGUGGAAUUUUA